UUUUAAAUAAAAUGAAAGAUAUAUAAUGAUAAUGUAAUAUUUUGAUAAAAAAUAUUUUUAUAUAAUUUAUAUAAAAAAUUUUUCAAGUUUAUGAUUUAUUAUAUUAAUUUCAUUAAUUUCAAUUAUAUAUUAUUAAUAAUAGUCAAGAUGCAAAACGAUUAUAAUCUUUGUAAAUUUUCAAAAUUUAAGAGUACUGCAGGAGAAACAAUGGGAAAUUGGGGAUUUUCUAACAGAAUUUCAAAUUCCGGUCAAGAACUUAAACGUUUGAGAUGUCUAUUUAACAAAAUGGAUUCUAUGAGAACUACAAAACCAAUGAUGUGUGUAAAAUAUAAUUAUUUAUAUGAUCCAGAAGCAUGGGGUACAAAACCUAGUCCUGAAGAGUGUAAACCAAUUUGGAUGACUUUUCCUAUGAGACGACCUCUUAUUACAUAUAGUUCUACUGCUACUAUAUUAUUAACUUCAAAUUUAAAUGAGAUUGGAACAGAUUUGCUUUAUCCUAUUCCAGGCCGAAGUUAUGUAUUACAGGGUACAGAUAAAUGGUAUCGAUGUAGAUAAUGCAAUGUACCAUGUCCUACGCCUCGAUGUAAUUAAUAGCAGAUAUUUAUGUUCAAAACUAAUAAUAAUGUAUAUACAAAUAAAAAAUAUACAAUAUUAA